AGAGACUUUCAAACGUAAUAAAUGACAGAGCACAAAUGAGUACAGUAUAGCUUCCUUUAUCGUUAACAACAGUGGGUUCAGUCAGCAUUCAGCAACAGUAAAUGAGAGAGAAAGUAGAGAGAUAGUCGCAUAGAAUGGUGUGAGCACUCACUUUUCUCUCUCCCAGCUUUGCCCUCUCCGACCACCUCAUCGACGGCCCAACGGUCGGAAAAUCAAACAGACUAUAAAAGGCAUGUAUAAAAACCAAUUGCAAGAAUUGGCACAGAGAAGCUGCUUCAAUCUUCCAUCUUAUUCAUGUAUCCGGGAAGGUCCAGAUCAUGCCCCCCGAUUUAAAGCCACUGUCAACUUUAAUGGAGACACAUUUGAAAGCCCUACAUUCUGCUCUACUCUGAGACAAGCAGAACAUGCUGCAGCUGAAGUAGCUCUGAACACACUUGCAAACAGAGGUCCUUCUAGAGCACUUGCUGCAAGAAUUCUGGAUGAAACUGGAGUCUACAAGAAUUUGCUUCAAGAGACUGCUCAUAGAGCCGGGUUAAACCUUCCUGUCUAUACCACUGUUAGAUCUGGACCUGGCCAUGUACCUGUUUUUUCAUGCACCGUUGAGCUUGCCGGGAUGAGCUUUUCAGGGGAACCCGCUAAGACCAAGAAACAGGCUCAGAAGAAUGCGGCCAUGACUGCUUGGUCAGCCCUGAAACAAUUAGCUCAACGUGGCUCAUCUUCCUCUGCUUCGGUGGAGUCUGAAAGCUGUGAAGAACUAGAACAAGUUGUUAUCGCUCGUGUUCUUGCUAAUUUACAGCCAACUGAAUCAAACAACAAAAAAAAUGAUCACCAAGAUGGACGUCAGAGAUCCAAUUCCACCCAUGGGAACUUGAAUCCACCAGCACCAAGCUUAUGUCCAAUGCAGUUUGAAAGUUGGGCUUACUCGAAUUUCUCCUCAGAAAUUGCCAUGUAUCAAAUGUGGCAGCAAGCACAGUUGUCACAGCUGCAGAGUCGCGUGUUGGCGCUCCCAGUUCCACCAGCUCUCCCCCCCAGUCUUCAUGUUCUUCCACGUAUGCAGUCAGUAUUCCAACCUGAUCACAAUAUCUAUUUCCCGGUACAGGAGCAAGAACCUGCGCCUGUGGGACCUGGGGUAACAUUCACUGCUUUGAGGCCAUCAUUUUAUAUGGCAAGUCAUUCAAUUCCUGGUCCAAUCAGGGGCAGGUCCAUGGUAUCUAUUCAAGAGAUACAAGAGGAGAAAACAGAAGAAUCAUCCAGUCGAACUGAAGUUCUUAAUCCCCCAAUUCUUGGUGACCAUAAGACACAACCAAUGAUCCAAAAACCAGCAGAGGAGAAAAAACAGAAGAGUGGUGGUUUAGAAGCCAAAAUUGAAGGCUCUGGUCAAACGGAAGGUAACCCCGCCAGGCAAUUUGAAUGGGUUCCUCCUAGGAGCAAAGACUCUGGAUAUAGGCCUGUUGGGUUCCAGUCUUCUCAAUCAAAUCAUAGACCCUAUCAUCCUCCUAGAGCAAGUUCUCAUGGACUCUCUAGACCACCGUCCACGGCAGCCCAUGUAUUGAUCAGAAAUGUGGGCCCUGCUUCUUCACUUGGACCCAUUCCGCAGAAUGUGGGUUACCAGAUACCUGUUCCAUUACAAAUGAGAGCUGGAGUUGCUCCGUGUUCCACUAGAGCAAAAAUGGAAUUUGGAGGGCUGCAUUCUCGUUUCGCUGCCCCUGCUGUUCAAAUCAGAUCAGUUGUACCGGUCUGUUCUGCCCCACCCACAAGAAAGAUGCAAAGUUCUAGCCAGGUGGGGCAGUCCUCCAAUCAGGUGGGGCAGUCCUCCAAUCAAGAGGUAAAAAAUACCGGAAAAGAAGACGUUCCAGCUGUGAGUGCAGAACUUAGUAAGCUUCAAAUGUGAGCAGCACAUAGAUACUUCAGAAUGCAUUUUCUUUUUCUUUUCUUUUUCAUGUUUAUUUUACAUAUUGAUAAUUAGGAGGAGCUACCAAGGCUUCAAAAUAGUUAGAAUAAGGUAAUAUGGGGUAUUUAUUUGAUCUCUCCUGGAAAUAUUGAAAUGUAGUAUGCUUUUCUUUACAAUCUGCAUAUGAGAUUUUUUUUUUUUUUUUUUCCUAAGAUUUUGAGGCUGAAAAAGUAUGUUUAUUGAUUGUAACUUGUAAGCAGUUCUGUGAACGUUAUAUGGUAUAUGAUUGUUAUUUCCCUUUUA